AUGGAAAACAACAAAUCGACAAGAUCUAAGACCUACGCACGCAAAGAACCUGUGGAAGCAAUCUCAAGCGUAGCCGCAGAAAAUAUCGCUACCAUCGCUAAUCCUACCCAAACUAAAGUGGCGGAGUUUUCAACGGCACGCAACAGCAGUGACCCACAUGACAGCGAUGAAGAGGGGUCUGUAGACCUGAUUGCGAAAAUUCCAGAAACCGCUAGGGAGGUCAUAUUGAACACAUCCAUCCCACCUGCCAAAGAUCUAGCUGCCGAACGCUCUCUCGUUUGGACUAAAUUGAAAGAAGCUCAAGCUUCUGGCGACAAGCUUCUGUCAAAGAUUCUUCUAAAAGCAUAUAAUGAACUUGAGGAUACUGCAAUCGAUGGUCCUCCCAAGAUGACACGAUCAAUCUCGGCCCUCCCUGUGUUGACAAACAUGUCAGAAGAACUUUCCAUCGCAAAAACGAUCGUGAACGCUACAGAAACGGAGCUAGAAGAUAAUUUAGUAUACGCCGUCGGCACGGUCACCAACCAUCAAGACAUAGGUUUCACCCCUUAUUUCGAUGACAACAUCAAAAAAUUGAAAGCCCCUCUACCUCUGACCAUAUUUGACAGAGAAUGGCAAAAGAAAGCGUUAACAGCACAUUUGAUGCUGAAACUGUCAAAGAACUCAGAAGCAACAAAGUUACCAUAA